AUGACAAAGAAUAAUGAUAUUAAUACAAAUAAAUAUAAAGAAGAAUCAAUGAAUAUUGUUAAUGUUCAUGAUCCAUUCUUUUUAUGGGGUUUAAUUAAACAUUCUGAUCAAUUAUUAAUUCAAGCAAAUGAAACACUUUCUGAUGCUGAUCGAAGUCUUUUAUAUUGGUCAUGUCAUUAUUAUAAACGUUCAAAUGUAUGUAAUUAUCUAUUAGAUAAUUGUAAAUUAGUUUGUACAGCUCGUGAUGCUAUUGAAAAAUUAUCUAAUAUAACAAAAGCAGGUGAAAAUGAAACACCUGAUUUAACAAAAAUACCUGUACCAUUUAUAUUACCAACAUCACCAGAUUUUAUUGUUAAAGAAUUACGUGAUGGUUCGUUUAUAUCAUCAAAAGGAAAACCAUUGAAAUUUACAGUUAUUAAUGAAAAAGGACAGACAAAAACAUGUAUGUAUAAACAUGGUGAUGAAUUAUUACAAGAUGCUUUAUGUAUUGCUGUUAUGAAAGAAAUGAAUAUGAUAUUUAAAGAAGAAAAUAUCGAUGCAGAAGUUGUUUAUUAUGAAGUUCUUCCAGUUGCUAAAACAGAAGGUCUUGUUGAAUUUAUUGAUAAUGCACAUCCAUUUCUUGAAUUUACAGUUGAUGAUGAAAAUAAAAAUUCAAAAUCAUCCGAUAAAUUAAAAAAAUUUAUUGAAAUUCAACCAGAAAGACAAAAAAAUUUAUUUCGAACAUUUCUAGGUUUUAUCAUCUCUGGCAUUGUUCUACAAUUAGCUGAUCGACAUGAUGAUAAUAUCAUGAUAACUGAUGAUGGUAAAAUUUUACAUAUUGAUUUCGGUUGUGCAUUUGGUCAAAAAACUAAACUUGAACGAUUACUUGGUCUUUUUAUGGAUAUACCAAAUUCUCCAUUUAGUGAAGAUGUUUUCAUUGCUAUUAUUGGUCGUGAAGAUGAUGAUAAAGAAAUAACAAAAUUAUGGGAAACGAUCAAAAAGCGAAUAUGGUUAUGUUUUAAUGCUCUUCGUAUUCAUAAACACCGUUUUAAACCAAUAGGUGAAGAAUAUUAUCAACAUUUUCAUGAAAGAUUAAUGAUUGCAAAAGAUGAUUCUGAAGCUCGACAAGCAUUAGAUGUUGAAUUAGAAAAAUGUUAUAAUAAUCGAUUUAAUGCUGCAAGAGCAUUUUAUUAUAAAAUCCAGCAGAAUAUUGUCAGUUAG